CGUUUGACCGACUGGCCAUAACCUGUCCUCUCUUCGACUGUCAUCUUCUCAAAUUUGUCGCGUGUUCUAGACGGGCAAGUGUAUCGCUUCUGUCUAAAAUUUUCCUUUGUUGAAUCACUAAACUAAUCGUAUGUCAAGAAAAGUAUGGAAAAUGACGAAGAUUUGCAAGAACUAGAAGUGCGCCUUUACAGUCAAGUGCAUCAUGACGCGGUCGAGCCUGGGGAGACGGCGGCAGCUGAAAAUGCUGUCGACCUUGGGCAGUCGACCGGUCCUGUGAAUGACAAUGGGCAAUCAGGUAAUGUAGUUGAUAACAGCAGCCGAUAUUGGGCGAAGGGAGAUAAGCCAGCGGUCUCGCAACACAGGAAAUUCGUGAGAAGUGGGCCGGAGAGCUCCAUAGGGGCUACAGCCUCAACGUCAGGCGCCGCUGCUCCACCAUUUGAGGCAGUCGUAGACAAUGAACCGGACGCUGGGGCCACCCUUUUGGCUUCUGGGGGUGGUCCAGAGAAAAAAAGAAGCAUUAAUCCAUUCAGCGUAGCAAAUGCACGCAAGAAACCGAAGUCUAAAGGGGCGGCCCAAAUUAACCAGAAAAGUCGUCCCGGAAAUUUUGAGGACAGGAAACUGCGUAAGCUCGAACAAAACAAGAAAAUCCAUCAGAAGCGCCUCAAAUCACGGAUGGCGCGAAUGAAAAGCAAGAAGACCCAAGAGACGAUUGUUCUAGAGUCGUCGGAUGAGGAUGAUGGUGACGUAGUGGUUGUGCCCAUUCCGCCGCCUCCUAUAGUAACCUUAGAAAGCUCUGAUGAAGGCGAAGACGACGGCAAUGGAGAGUCGUUUGCUAAACCAUCCGAUCCGAGACAGCCUAGCGAGCGGAAAGUAGGCACGGGCGGUUCGCGAUGCAACAGUCCUAACUCUGUUAUGUCUGACGAUUUUAUUGGGCAGCAAGACAAAACCCGCCUUCUGAGCGAGACAAACAUACCCGAUGACCACGAAUUGCAAUGUCCCACCUCCGAACCAGGCUCUGCUCACGGAUCGGAAAAGGUUCUCGACAGUGCAAGUCACCAGUCAGGAAAUUUUGCCACUCCUACGAAAAGGGUAAGUAGACUGACACGGCAGAAACAGGCUAGCGAUUAUCAAGUCACUCAAGCGAACAUCGGGGCAGUGGAUGUUUACGAAAGCGAGAGCUCGGAUAUGCCAGAGAGCGUGUACCAGAAAGGCAACCGGAACAAAGUGGGCGCAGUGAACAAAUCAUCUGGUUCAGAUGUAGAGGAAGUAGAGGCCGUUGCAAAAACGAAAAGACUGCGGAAGAGGCGGGCGUCCAGCAGUAACAAAGGAUCAGAGCCGAACGAUGAUUCCACAGAUUCUGAGGAAGGAGAUCAUUCCGCUACAUCCAUUCCGUACAUUGCUCGUGGCGAGGCGAUAGAAAACUGCAAGCGGAAGAUGAAGAGUCGAACAAUUUCAAGUCGAGAUGCCAUCAACGCUGACGACAGGGAAUUCAUCGAUAAGUUGUCGAACAUUGCACGCGGCCAUGACGACACUGUAGCCGAUUUGGAUGAAAGCCACGGAUCUAAUCAUAGUGCCGAAGCUGACAUAACGGCUCGGGAGAUCGCGGAGGACGUUCUGAAGCAAGCAAACAAGGAAUCAAACAGCAACGAUGACGAGAACGCAAUUCCUAGCGAUGCUAUAAAGGAUUUGGCGUUGUUCGACGUAAUUGAUACGAUUAGCACUCAGUUGGACGAUUUCAAAGAGCCGCCAAGGCACGGCCGUGACCCUACUCCCGAGCUGCAAUUCGAAGACCUUACAGAGAGAUACCUUUCAUCAGACGAAGGGAACAGUGCGCUUGGGGUUGUUGCGGAGAAAUCGCCAUCUGCUCCGAAAGUAACUGACGAAAACAAGUUGGAUUUCAUGCAUGUUGUGUACACGAAUCGUGAUCACGUCACUUGGAAUGAGGAAAUGGUGCGAUUCUAUGAACAUUCUUGGCAACAGGAGCGAUUCAACGUUGACAGGAUCCUCAGGCUUAUGGAUCGACGUGCCGACUGGCAUAUACUUAACGCAGACAGAUUCCCAGUAUCUAGAAAAUUCACGAAUAUGAAGUGCAACAACUGCUGCGAGUUCGGACAUCAUCGCAAUAAAUGCCCUCUCCCACGGAAGGAUCUCACCUGUUUCGUGUGUGGUGACGUUGGCCACAAAGAGCCCAGGUGUCCUAAUGCGGUCUGCCUACGAUGUGGAAAGAAGACCAACGUUUUUACCCGGUCCUGUCAGAAUUGUAUUAUGGAGAAUUCAAAGAUAUGCCCGAUUUGUAAAAUUCGUGGUCACAGUAUUGACCUAUGCCCGGACAAGUGGCGCCGCUACCACUCCACGACUGCCAUCAACGAGCACCCGAACUCUCAAGUAUUCUACAACGAGCGCAAGGCUUGUUGCAUUUGUGGGGGGCGCGGUCAUUUGCCAGAGCAUUGUAGAAGCUCAAACAAGUUAAACGAAUACCAUGCACCGCUCAGCGAAAUCCGGUACCAUUCGAAAACCUACGAAGACAUCAAGAUUAAGGAACCCUUUUUCAGCGGAGCUAUUGGAGUUCACUUAAUGUCUUCACCAGAAGAAACGGUGACUUUUCCUUUCUCAAAGAAAGUAACCAAAAAUCAAUAUUACGGACGUUUUCUGGCUGCAGUAGAUCUUUUCGAUGCUCCAGAAUCGAAAAUUGUGCGAAAUUACGUUCUGAACCCAUUCGCGAAAAGGUUAAAAAAAGAGGACAAAAAGAUUAUGAAAAAACAAGCGAAACGUAGGAAACUCGAUAAGGACGAUAACAGCAUCCAGUUGAAUAUAAGCGGAGGGGUGGAAGCACGCGAAGAGAUGGAUGUCACGGAGAAUGUCGAUGUUAACCUUGAUGAAAAUGCGUUGGAUGCUUUAGAACAAAAUAAAGUCGGAGUUACUGAGGAUUCUGCUGAAAGAAAAUCUGUCCAGGAAGGAGGCAAGGCUAUCGACGUGGUAGCUUUAGACACUGAUUCAAAUUACAGCUUCUCUGAACACUUUCCCAGUAAUGAAAAGAAUGAUGGUGAGUCACUGUCUACACUUAAAAUCGACAGAAGUAAAAGUGUAGGUCAGUUGCCGGAUUUCAUACCGAUUUCCGGCGACUCGGAAAUGGAAACCGCUACCAAAAGUGAAAGAAAAGUCGGACCAUUACCUGACUUCAUAUCAUUAGGCGACUCAGAUGAAGAUAAUGAUAGUAAGACUCUAAACCCCGAGGGAGAGAAUAUCGAAGGAAAGGGACAGUCAGAAGAAUCUUGCGAAGGUAAAAUCUACCCGAGCAAAUUCCACAGUCAAUUCCUACUAUCGCCAGAAGGGACAAAGUUUUUGGUAGAGUCAUCGCGAGAACAUAAUGUAAAGGUGAUAAUGGACUGGUCGGCGGUCGGCAAUGUUCUAGUUAUCCACGGACUACCAAGUAAUCAGGACAAAUUCCACACCGCACUUAUGGAAAAAAUGAAAGCUGUAUCGGACGAUAAGAACCGCAAGACCCUGGAGCAAUCGCAAAAGUUGCCGCGAGCCCGCGAUAAUCUGAUCAAGGUGUUGCAGGAAAGUAUUCUACAGCUGGAAAAGGACCUUGGAGAUGUCAUCGAUUUGCAUAAGAAAAUGAAGUUCAAUGAGGGUCGCUCAUCAAAAUCCAACUUUAAAUUAGCUGAGAAGUAUCGUCGCACUUUGAAUAUGGUCUUGAUGGGGCAAGCAGGGCUACGCGAUGGCCAAAUGCAUUUAUCGAAUCUUCAGGAUAAGCUACGAGAGCUAAAAGGAUGCACAAACAAUGAGCCUGUGACGCUCGACCUACGCGAACAGAUUGAGAAGCACUAUCGGUAUAUUUUCUCAUCCUUCCAACAUGGUUGCUAUGAGCAGCUUAUUCGUGUGUAUAUGAACAUGAAGAAGACCAACAACCUGCCAGAGUUGAAACUGGAUUAUAAAUUGCUUGGGAAGAAAGUCUUGGAUACCAAUUUCACGAAGGAACAAAUGGAAAAGCUGAUGCAGCCGCCACAACCUCCUAAAAUUAACCAAAAUAUUAAACAAGAGCAAACUUUCGAAUCAAUUAAAACCCCAAGAACUGAAUUUGGCCUGAGUCCGCAGAAACAAGUAGGACAUGCCCGGCAAAAAUCUGGAAACCAGAGUCAAACUCCGUCUCGUCAACAGCAGCAGGCUGGGCAAAGUCCACUUUUCAGGAGGAAAAAUCAAUUCCAGAAUGUGCCGCUUCCCCCACCAUUCCAUAUCCAGCAGCCGACCACAUCUAAUUCACCAAAUUACCAGCACCCUUCUCCCAAUAUGUUGAGCCAACCAAUGAAGCCCUCACAUCGACAGUUUCCAUUUAAUGCAGGCCCAAGAAGCGGCUCUGGCACUUUUGUCGCCAACAAAAUACGCGAGAUCAACAAGAAAUGGGACAACGAGACCAAUAAUUUGUUGAAUCAGGUGUCAUCGACUCCAAUGAAACCCGGCAUGAAACCAUCGAAAAAUUCAUCAUGUUUCUGGUCCAGGGAAUGUUUGAAGUUUAUAGCCCAUUGUAUGAGCAUUCAGGGUCUACAAGACUCUAUUACGGAGAAGCUAAAUCAACUAUCGCAACGAGCGGCAGGGAAUAUGCUGUCCUUCGCAGAUUUUAAAGCGGUAAAGCGAAUUUAUUUCAACUUAUUGAAAGCGGAACAGAAAUCGCUUCAUAGUAAUCGAUAAACCUUAGAAGUAGUCUGUAAGAGAGUGGUCGAAUAAAGAAUAUCCAUUUCACAAUG